AUGACGGGCUCCCAGCUGCCGCAGCCGCUUCUGUUGCUGCUGCUGAAACCUGGUGGGAGUUCCGGAACUGCCAGUGUCACCUCUACAGUGGAAAACCACAACAGCCGAGAGAGCCCAGAGACAGGCUCCACCCCUCACCCUAGCACCCCUAGUUCAGAGGCAGGUUCCAUAACCCCCUCAAAUUCAGGGGCAACCUCCACCAUGCAGCCCAUCUCCUCACAAGCAGAGAGACAGACCCACUCCAGCUCCGGCUCUCCCAGUUCAGAGCACACCGUCACCUCCCACUCUAGCCCCCUGAGUUCCAUCUCCUUGACCACCCUGCAUCGGAGCCCCACUCACCCCAAUCCCAGCACGGUGCCUUCCUCCGUGUCCCCGGCCACCACUGACGGGACAUCCGAAGUUGCAGGCUCCCCUCCAGGUGACACUGGAGCCCCCGAGUUGCACAGGAACCCAGGUGUGGUGGUGGCCGUGUGUCUGCUGGUGUGUGUUUUGCUCAUCUGAUGUGUGAUAAUGGCCGUGAGGUGCUGCCACAAAGGCGUGUCUGAGUUCCAGAAGCUGGAUGAGGUAUCCAUGGGGUUGGGGGGAGGCUAG